AUGGUGUAUGAGGACGAGAGCAGCAACAAAUACUCCAGCCUCCUGUACAUCAGCUCCUCGGACGACGGCAUGCAGUACCAGGUUGACGACCAGGACUACAUGGGCGUUGAGCCAACACUGCUAGUUCCUUGCGAGCACCAUGGUCUGGCAGCUGAGAGGUGUGUGGCCUUUGAAGGAUUUGACACGGGCAGGAGGUUCUUAGUGUGUGCUAAUAAGGAAGCUGAUAACUGUGGUUUUGUUCGAUGGGUUGACCCAGAGUGGCCUCCCACACAGCAUAAUGCUUUGUGGAAGCUAUGGGAGAUGUACCCAGCCAACAGGAGUGGUAGGAGGAAGGAUAACCAUGAGAAUUCACUCACUAUUCACCAUUUUACAGAGGAGAAAAACAAACUAGAGGGCAACUAUGACAAAUUGGUUGAAGAUGUGCAUGAACUAUUCGGUGCCCAAGAGGAUAGGAUGAUGGAUUUCAUCUAUUUGAAUGCUAAGAUGAAGGGUGCUGAGGUUACCAAGUCAGUUGUGUCUGAUAUGAACAACCUGAAGCUCAACCAUUUGAAAGAGAAGGAGCAGCUCAGUGAAGCUAGUAGGAACUUGCAGUUGCAGGUUGAUGAACUCAACAAGUCUGUGGAAAAGCUCACACAGGAGAACUCAAAGUUGAAGCUUCACAUGGGUGACUUGAAGAAGGGACAUGAGAAGCUCGCUAGAGGCAGGGCUGAACUGAAGCUUCACAUUGCUGAUUUGCUAAGGUCAGAUGAGAAGAACAGGCAGAAGUUGAAGGGGAUCUAG